AUGAACAAUAGCAAGUCGAUGAAAAUUAAAAAAUCAACAGAAAAAGGAUUUGAUCUUGAAUCCUGCUUCUUAAAAGGUGAGUCAGAUCACUAAGACGGAUACAUUAAAGAUGCUGAUUAUUAUUUUGAUUCAUAUUCUCAUUUCAGCAUCCAUGAGGAAAUGCUUAAAGACAAGAUCAGAACAAAAGCUUAUCAAAAUGCCAUUCUUAAGAACAAAGUAACUAUAUUAGCUUACAAGUCUAGCAACUUUUCCAAAAUAAAAUAGUAUUAGAUGUAGGUGCAGGAACAGGCAUUCUCUCUAUUUUUGCAGCUUAAGCUGGAGCUAAACAUGUCUAUGCAGUUGAGAAUGCUAACAUAGCAAUUCAUGCAAAAAAGAUAAUUAGUGAUAAUGGACUCAGUGAAUAAAUUACUAUUGUAAAAGGAAAGAUAGAAGAGAUUGAAUUACCAGUUGAAAAAGUGGACAUCAUCAUUUCUGAAUGGAUGGGGUAAAUAAAAUAAACUAAAAUUUAGUUACUUUCUUCUUUAUGAGUCAAUGUUGGACUGUGUACUUUAUGCAAGAGACAAAUAUUUGGCACCUGAUGGUCAUAUGUUCCCAGAUAAAGCCAUUAUGUACUUGGCUACCAUUGAGGAUGAUGAAUACAGAAAGUCAAAAAUUGAUUUCUGGUAAAAGUCAUGUGUUAUUCUUUAAUAGGGAUAAUGUGUAUGGUGUGAACAUGAGUUGCAUUAAAUAAUGGGCACUCCGAGAACCUUUGGUGGAUUGCUGCAAUCCUGAACAAAUCAACUCAAAUUCCUGUCCUAUUUUUGAAAUCGAUCUGAAGACUGUUAAAGUUGAUGAAUUGGAUUUUAGUCAUCAAUAUCUUUUGAAAGUUCAAAAAGACGAUUAUGUUCAUGCUUUGGUUGGAUGGUACAUAUUUAUAACAAUAUUGAAAGGUUUGAUGUCUCUUUUUCAAGUUGUCAUGUUCCUGUCAGAUUGACUACUUCUCCUUAUGCAGAAAGUACUCACUGGAAAUAAACUGUAUUUUAUAUUGAAGAGCCAAUGGCUGUUAAGAAUAAUGAUAUUAUCUCUGGAAGUAUUGCAGUGAAAAAGAAUGCAUAAAAUCCAAGACAUUUAGAUAUUAAGAUUUCGUAUCAUUUGGAAAAUGUGUAUGGAAAAAACGAGCAAGUUGUGUUGUAUAGACUUAGUUGA